AUGUGGACGCCACCGCAGCCAUCGUCGUCGUUACUGUCAUCGUCGCCGGCGCCGGUGCGUUGUCCACACCCAUGUUGUGGUGCAACGAAGAAUUCUAAGUCGACGUUACAAGAAUUCGGAAAUUUCCAAAGUCAAUUGGACGUAGACGAUAUAUUUGUAGACAUAUCGCAUGAAACGAUCUCGUUCAACACGAUCAGGCAUUACGAAACCGAUCCAAAUACCGGAUUACUGGUAAACACGUACGAACAACCCGUAAACGGAUAUCAUUUCUAUUCACAAAUACGUAACGAAGACGAACGGUUGUACGUAAAACAAAUGACGGGCGAAACCGACCUCAACCAGAUGUAUUAUAUAUUGCAAAAAUUUAAAGAAAGUUUACUGUUUAAACCGAAUCGCGUAUGUAACUAUACAUCGAAAUUGAUCAAUAUAUGCGUUUUAUAUCUAGUGUUGGAAAGUCACGGCAUACCGGUACGUGGUAAUUAUCUAUCGUACGUGGAUACUAAUAUUAUAAGUUUUAUGAUAGAUUGCAUAGUCCGUAGCCGUAUAUUGAGUCAUUGGAAACACAACCCGUGUACAAAACAAUUGAUAUCCGAUUUAAUUACAAAUUAUAACAAAAACAACAUGUUGGUCACGGUGUGUAAGUUCGAAACGGCGCGGGAACGAGCUCAGUUCCUAUGCGAUCAAAUAAAACAACAUGGUAAUUUUACCAAGUCCAUAUCGUAUUCAGAAUACGAAAAACUCAUAAAGCGUUUCGAAAACCGAAUACACGAUCAAAUGUAUUAUAAUUUCGAUAAAAUGUUCUUGAUGAGUUUAAUCGAAUUACCUAGUUUUACAGCCAUAAUAGAUACAGCCGCAAUGUCUUAUGUAUAA